CCGCGCUGGCUUCAAACCGCGUAUACAACAUCGCACAUCCAAUCAGCGCUCACUACGCUCGAUGAACGCGAGGACGCUCGUAUAAAAGCUAAAUCUAAGGCCGCAUCUGAAGCUAUAUCGAGUCACCUACAUUCUUCCGAUUCCGCUUUCGACUCUUCGGAGUCGAUAAACUUCUACUCCAUCGCUUCUGGUACAUUGCCAGUCAAUCGGCAGAGGAAUCGGUACAUGGAUGUGUUGCCGUAUGACCGGACGCGUGUCAAGAUCAAGGUUCCUCAUUUUGGCAACCCAGGAAGGCUUUAUCUCAAUGCAAAUUGGGUUCAGGAGAAAUAUGGGAGGAAAUGGUGGAUAGCGUCCCAAGCGCCGUUAAGGAAUACAGCGUAUACGUUCUUGAGCCUCUUGCUCGAAGAUAUGUUUCCUCCUUCUCUCAGUCCUUCAGUUGCUUCUACCUCCUCUAAUCCAUCUGUACUCGCACUGAAAUCGCGCAUCAAUGAGUCUCAUCAUUCCCGUCCCCGAACCGUCGUCCAACUGACUCAAAACGUGGAAAGCGGACGACGGAAAGCGCAUCCAUACUUCCCUGACGUUGUCGGACAAACCAUGAUCAUCGUACCAGAUAUAACCGAUUAUCCUUCGUCAUCUCCCACUUCAACUUCUGCCUCACAACUGGCAAGUUCAAAGCUCAAAGUGACUCUUGUCGCGCAGGAAGAAAUCCGGGAAGCUUGUUGUGUAAAGAGCACAGUCGAGGUUAGGCCUUUCCUUGACGCUGUUGUCGACGACGAGGAUAACCACUACGGUGAUUCUUACGAUUCAUCGACGACGUCCUCCGUCCAUCGUAAACCCAAAUCCACACGAUCGAAAACUUAUCCUGCUAUCCGAUUCACCCAUCUCCUCUUCGUCGCCUGGCCAGACCACUCUGUGCCCUCGCCUUCAGACCGCGCAGCAUUGUUCGAAUUCGUCAGGCUUGUGGAUCGGGUCAAUCGACAAAUGCCUUUCGACGACUCCGGCUCCGGCUCGAGUCAGACGACACAUAUUCGUCCUGAAAAGGAUGUGGAUCUUGACCCACCUAUCAUUGUCGGAUGCUCUGCGGGCAUUGGUCGGACAGGCUCGUUCAUUGCAAUGAACAGUCUUCUCCGGCACGCAGGAUUCUUACCUCCACCUGGCGAUCUCCAGCAUCCCUCUUCUUCUUCUCCUCUCCCUUCUCCUCACCCUCCUCCUUCUACCCAAUUAUCCCAAACAACUUCAUUUCCAACUUCAUCUUCAUCUUCUACAGCGCCUACCUCGACGACGACGCCUCCAUUAGAUGCCUCAACAACAUCAUACAACAGCCACACUCCCGUCGUCGGUCCGCUUGGUCCUCUCCCCACCUCGCUUUCAGCUGACCUUGUCUCGCAAGAGAUCGACUCGCUGAGGGAACAAAGAGCAGGGAUGGUGCAAAGACCCGAGCAAGCCGUGCUGGUGUAUGAGAUGAUGGUG